AUGAUUAGCCUUUUCAUUCUAGGUCUCGUUGAUUUGAUACUCUGUUAGAAUAGAUUUUAUUACCAUGACCCGAGUAAUGACAUUACAAAACCAAGAACUCACGCCAAGAUCUCUGAUAGCGACACUCAUUUCGAUUUUUACUUUGAGUUUAGCGAAGAUAAGAAGGAAGUGAUAAUGUUCAUAGAGAUAGAUAAAAUUAGUUAUUUUUCAUUGGGACUUGGAAAAUCCAUGUCAGAUGGAGAUUUAUGGGUAUUUGAAGUUUACGAAAAUGUGAUAACUGUUAACGAUUCUUAUUGUGAGAAACAUGGAAGACCUCCAACUGAUGUUUCCUUAGGAGGGACAGACGAUUUGUAACUCUUGGGUUACUACUACAAUUAGAAUGGCAAAACAGGUGUGAAGUUCAAGAGAUCAGUUAAAACAGGUAUCCACAUCAAUCUAAAUAUGUUAGGCGACAAAUAUGACAAAGACUUAGUGGAGGGAGAAGCAGUGGAGUUCAUAUGGGCUCACGGUAAGACGGAGGCUAAUAUCACAUUGUCCAACCAUGGGAAUGUGAACAGAGGAGCUGUGGUAUUGAAUUUCACCGAUGAUGGAGGCAGCAACGAUGUCAUUAUAGUGGAUGGAGACAACACCUAUUACAUUCACAAAUGGACAAACUUUGCCUGUUGGGGCAUAGCAAGUGAUGUUGCGAUAAUUGUUGGAAGGUAUUACAAGACCUGGGGAUAUCGAACAUAUCUCCAUGGGUUCUUGUUCAUCUUGAUAGUGACGAGUUCCAUCACAACAGCCAUGAUGAUGUUGAGUACAGAUUGGGCUAUUUUGGAAUGGAGCAACUUUAAGGAAUAAUCCAUUAAAAAUCAAUUCCAUAUUAUCAUUUUUAUGAUUGUGGCAAUAUUUAUGAUUGCAUAAAGCAUUGGAGGCGUUCUCUAUAAUUUAAUGUUAAGUUCAUUGAAGAUUAACCAAAAGGUCUCAGUCAAACCCUCCAUUCAUGCCAUUUUAGGCAAUGUCGUAUACACACUCGGCAAAUUACAAAUCAUAGCAGGUCUCUUCAUGGACAACGAUGUUAGACUCAUGUUGAUUUUGGGAGCUGUUUUCACCACUCGCCUUAUAUUGGAAAUCCUGUAUCAAAAGGGUAGUUUGGUUAGUGUAGUCAUGACUGGAAAAGACUCGCAUUCCAAUAAAGUGUAUGAGGAGGGUUAAAAUCGCUUAUUGGAUAUCAACAGUAGUCAGCAAGAUGACAGUUUCGAAAAGAAUUCUUCAAAAUUAUGGUGCAUCUAUAAGAACCAAGUCGUUGAAUUGUCACAGAUGAUUCAUCCAGGUGGCAAUUACAUUUGGAAACUUAUUUAAGGCCAAGAUGUUACUCGAUAUAUUAUAGGAGCUUACUCUCUUGAUUAACUCAAACUCCAAGCCUACAAACACAGCAUCUACACUCUCAAGAUAUUGGAAUAAUAUGUUACAGGUAUCUAUGUCAUUCCAGAUCCAGAAUUCUUUGUCAAUAAAGCUAAUAGAAGAGUAGUCAAAUAAUUAGAGGAAACAUGGAAAUUGAAUACAGUUAAUCCCUAUACUGAUUAAGUUGCUUACUUCGGAUUUGUUAAUGAAAAGUAUCAAUUCAAAAAUACUUUAUCUGGUCUCCAAACAUUUGGCCAAUACUUUGUAAUCACAUCCUAAGAGGAUUCAGCUAUUUCUACUAGAUAGUACACCAUGGUCUUAAGUAUGACUUAGCAAAGGAUCAAGUAUAGAAAGGACAUAUCGGAACUCUUUAAAAAGAUUCUCUCUUUGCAAAACAUACAGAAGGAAGUUCCAAAAGAGGAAGAAUACUUGUCUGAGUUACCUUUAAUAAUUAAGAAGUAUCAAUCAAAAAAUGGGUUCUCCUCUUUCAUUCAUGACGACAAUCGCAAUGGAGAGUAUCUUAUUCAAGGACCUUAUGGAAAUAAUCUCACUAUUGAAAAUGGCAGUCAUUUAGUGUUCAUUGCAGGUGGCACUGGAUUGUUCCCAUUCUUAGACUUACUUGAAUAUCAACUCAAAAUGACCUAUCAUAACAUACUAUAUAAGUAGUUCGGCUAAGAUGCUGUGUAAUUUAUGAACCCAGGAACAAUUAAGAAUUUCAAAAUCACUCUAUUUCUAGCUGUCAACUCAGCAGAUGAUUUGAUUGGCAAAGACAUCUAUUUCACUUUGUUAUCGUUACAAAACCAAUUGGACACACCCAAUUUCAAAAUGAUCGUCAAAGGAAACUUUAAAUUAAAGGAAUGCGAGAUCAUCCCCCAAAGAUUCAAUGCCUAGAUUUUGAAGUCGUUCCUUGGGGACUUCAAUUCUGUAUCCAAUUUCUUUAUUUGUGGACCACCCACUAUGAAUACUACAACCGAAAAAAUCUUAAGAGAUGUGGGAGUUAAUAACAUAACUGUUCUUUGA